AUGACAGAGACAACACAAAGUCCAGAGGAUGCUGCUGCUCAGCGAGCUGCCGAGCAGGCACGUCUUCGAAAGGAACGUCGCGAAGCAAAGCUCAAGGCUGGAGGUUCUGCAAGACUCAACAAGAUUACCGGUCUAGGGGGCCGUGUUCCAGGAGAGCCUGAACCUACCACAGCGACUACCACAGCGACGGAUGCUCCCACACCAGCUCCCGCUGCCUCUGCACCAACAGUAUCUUCCACCGCCGAUCACGCCGACCCCGACGAAGUCGACAUCUCAGAGCACUACUACGAAACCAAGCGCACGGCAACUUCACGUACAAAUGCCCCCGAAGUCCCGGAACCGGCCAUCUCGGAAGAUCAGCUGCGACAGAUGAUGCUUGGCUUCGAGCGUGGCAAUGGUAGCGGGAACGCCAGUCCUACACCCGGCGGUGUCGACGAAGAUCCCAUGAUGAAAAUGAUGUCCCAGCUCAUGGCCGGUGCAGGUCUUCCUGCAGGCUCCAUGCCCCCUUUCCCUGGUAUGCCCGGUGCAGCGCCCGGUCAAGGCCCCCCCGUACCGCAAACUGCUGUACGCAACAGUGCCUCUACGAACCUUUGGCGCCUUCUUCACGCUAUCGUUGCCCUGGGUCUUGGCUUCUACAUUGUUCUUCUUACACCUUUCAGCGGUAGCAAGAUCGAGCGUGAGCGUGCCGCUCUCGCUGGCACAACACCUGCGGAUCCCCUUAUUGCAGCUUCUGAGCCUGAGAUGGAGACGGAACUCGAGCAUCGUAAAAAGCUAUUCUUCUGGACGUUUGCGACUGCCGAGACCCUGCUUCUUACCACUCGUUUCUUCCUCGAUAGGAGGGGCAGCCCACCUACUGGCAUUGUGGGCACAGUGUUGCAAUUCUUGCCACAACCUGCCAAGGGCUAUAUCGAAAUCGUAAUGCGUUAUGGUCAAAUCUUCACGACAGUGCGAAGUGAUAUGCUGGCGUGUAUCUUUGUGUUGGGGGCGGUUGCUUGGUUCAAGGGAUAG